UCCUCGGACUGACUCAGACAAAUCAGAGACUGAGGACGGAGAGCAGCGUUGAGGACGGAACCGCACACCCCAAACUUCAACUUUAAAUAUUAAAUACUAAUCCUCCUCAUCUGAACGAAUCGAAAUGAGAAGAUUUCAGAAUGGGAGCUGAGUGGUUCCAACCCAGGAACAUUAUUUUGUAACGUCCAGGAUUUUACAUCUCAGAAACAGUCUGACGUUUCCCUCUAACCUGCUGACCUUUUGGCAUAAUGGACCCGUCUUUAGCUCCCACAGCUCUCUACACCCUCACUCCCAUCCAGAACCUCUCAGCGCCCUCCUCCUCUCCCUCCAUCUCUCCAUCGCCCAGCUUUGCCUCCACCGCUCUCUUCUGCUCCCUCCUCUCGCUCCUCUCCCUGCUGGGCAUCACAGGAAACCUUUACACUUUGGUUCUCCUUCUGAGGCGCAGCAGAGUUAGGAGAAGACGUGGAGCCGGACUGGCCUGCUGCCUAACAAGAAUACCCGUUCCUUCCUGUCUCGCGAACUCUGCCUCUCCUUCCUCCCCCUCCCCCUCGACCUCCUCCACCUCUCUUCACCUCCAGGUGCUGAGCCUGGCGCUUGCCGACCUGCUCUACCUUUUCACCGCUCCCUUCAUUGUGUACGACAGCCUGGCGUCCGGAUGGGCCUUCGGGGAGCUGGGCUGCCGCCUCCUACUGAGUCUGGACCUCCUCACCAUGCACGCCUCCAUCUUCACCCUCACCGCCAUGAGCAUGGACCGCUACAGAGCUGUAGCCCAUCCCCUGCGCACCUCCUCCUCCAGCUCCUCCAACCUGCUGCGGGUCACCCUGGCGUGGGGUCUGGCGGUGGCUCUGAGCCUUCCCAUGAUGAUCACCUUGCACCUGGAGGACGGGGAGGACGGCGAGGGACAGCUUUGCGUCCCGGCGUGGGACGAGCAGAGCUCCAAGGCCUAUCUGAGCGUACUUUUCUGCACCAGCAUCCUCGCCCCUGGGCUGGCCAUCGGAGGACUUUACGCCACUCUGGGCCGGCUCUACUGGGUUUCACAGACCCAGCCGGCCUGGGCAAACGGAACCGGCGCGGCGUGCACUCCCCGAGCACCAAAACCCAAAGUUCUGCUUCUCAUCCUGGGUAUCGUCCUGGCCUUUUGGGCCUGUUUCCUCCCAUUCUGGAUCUGGCAGCUGCUCCCCCUCUACCAGCCCGACAUGCUUCGGACAUUACCGGUGGGGACCCAGGUGACGGUGAACCGCAUCCUGACAGGACUCACUUAUGGAAACUCCUGCGUCAAUCCCUUCUUCUACACGUUACUGACUGGGAAGCGGAAACCGAUUGGCAGGUGCUCGCAUUAGCCAAUCAGCUCUGCCGCAAGGGCAGCCCCCUGCAGUGAUAUUAUAUCCUCACCAACAUUCUGAGUGGAGUUGACCGUCCACCGUCUUCAGAUCAAACUACAUUGGUGUCAAAUGUUUGUACAGCAAAAAUCUUCAUUUUUGUUUUGCUAUAAUUUUAAAGGUAUUAAUA